AACUGCUUUAAAAUACCGAAUGUCCUCAGUAGCGAUGCCCUGAACGUUUCAUCUGGUAGAGACUUGUAUGUACUAGCUUUGUAUGUAAGCUGUCCCAGGUGAGGCAGACAUGCGAGGUAGAAUCAACUGAUUUCUGCGCGCUAUGACCGGUCUUUGCAGCGGAACGCUCCCUAACUUGUUUUGUAUACGGAAGUAUCGAUCGUCAGGAGAUGGAUAAUCUCUUCCCAUUGCAUUCCCCAAUAUAAAGGGCAAAUCAUAAGUGUACAAGAUCGCUAAUAUCAUUUAUAUAUAUAUAUAUAAAUAUAUAUAUAUAUACAGUUAUUCGCGCAAAACAGUGUAUAUUCGGGGAACUUCCAUUCACUAAAACCAGUUUUCAUCACCUGUUUGUCUUGAAAAGCCACCAUGUUAGCAAUGCAGAGCUACUGCGAGGACAGUGCCUCCAUCUCCGAAGCCUGGCUGGAGGGAGGCAUCUCGCCCUGCUUCUACUUCACCCUGGUGCCCACCGUCCUGCUCACCCUCUCCUUCUUCUUCGGCACCUUCCAGUGCGUUUUCUACCAUCGCUAUGGCACCGAGAUGGAGCCUAAGUUUGUGCCGCGCUCGCAUCUCUACAGACUCCAACUGGCUGUCUCUCUGCUCAUCCUGCUGCAGUUCCUGGGAGGGCUGGUGUGGAGGGCGGCGGGGGGAGGAGGUGGAGGGGAACUCCCGGGCUACGUGAUCCUGUACGGCUGCCUGUCCAUGCUGGGUUGGGCCUGGGCUGUGGCGCUGUUGAGGCUCGAGAGGAAGAGGGUUCUGGUGAGGGACCGGACGCGGGGCCACAGCACGGUUCUGCUGCUCUUCUGGGCCGUGGCGUUCUCAGCGGAGAACCUGGCCUUCGUCUCCUGGGUUAGUCCCUACUGGUGGUGGGGGCUGGAGAACACACAGCAGCAGGUGGAGUUUUUUCUGUGGUUGAUGCGCUACUUUGGUACCGGAACGCUCUUCUUCCUGGGCCUGAAAUCUCCUGGGUUGCCACGGAAACCGUAUAUGCUCCUGAUCAAUGAGAAUGAACGUGACCUAGGGGGCGACAAUAGCCAGCCCCUGUUGGGUGACACGCCAGUUUCCCAGUCUACCUGGCAGGACUUUGGCAAGAAGGUGCGUAUGCUUCUGCCCUACAUGUGGCCCAGAGGUAAUGUUCUGCUACAAGGCCUGGUGCUGCUUUGUCUCUGUCUGCUGGGCCUCGAGAGAGUCAUCAACGUCUUUGUUCCCAUCUACUACAAGAACAUCGUGAAUGAGCUGACUGAUGGAAGCAGCUGGAAGACCUUGGCCACCACUGUGUGUGUCUACGUCCUGCUGAAGUUCCUGCAAGGUGGAGGGGCAGGUGCGUCUGGCUUCAUCAGCAACAUGCGUACCUUCCUGUGGAUCCGUGUGCAGCAGUACACUGACCGGGUGGUGCAGAUACGUCUGUUCGGCCACCUGCACGCGCUGUCGAUGCGCUGGCACCUGGGCCGACGCACCGGGGAUGUCCUGCGCAGUGUUGACCGCGGCACCUCCUCCAUCAACAGCCUGCUCAGCUAUAUUGUUUUCAGCAUCUUCCCCACCAUCGCUGAUAUUGUCAUCUCCAUCAUCUACUUUGUCACCUACUUCAAUGCCUGGUUUGGACUCAUCGUGUUUGUCUGCAUGUUCCUUUACCUCACCCUAACCAUCAUCCUCACAGAAUGGAGGACUAAGUACCGGCGAGACAUGAACACCCAGGACAACAACGCCAAGUCUAAGGCGGUGGACUCACUGCUUAACUUUGAGACGGUGAAGUACUAUAAUGCAGAGAAUUACGAGGUAAACCGCUUUGAGGAAGCCAUCUUAAAUUAUCAGAUUGCAGAAUGGAAGACCCAAGCUUCGCUGGCCCUCCUGAACCAGAGCCAGAAUCUGAUUAUUGGCGGAGGCCUACUGACUGGGUCACUGCUCUGUGCUUACUUUGUCCAGGAGGGCAAAUUUAAGCUUGGAGACUUUGUCCUCUUCGGCACCUACAUCAUCCAGCUCUAUACCCCUCUCAACUGGUUUGGAACAUACUACAGAGUCAUCCAGAAGUCAUUCAUCGACAUGGAGAGCAUGUUUAAGCUUUUUGAUGAGGAAGCGGAGGUGAAGGAUGAGGUGAAUGCCGGUAAACUUAUCUAUAAAUCUGGAAAAGUGGAGUUUGAAAAUGUCUACUUUAACUACACUGACGGGAAGGACAUUCUGAAGGACGUAUCAUUCACUGUGGAGCCUGGCCAAACUGUUGCAUUGGUCGGCCAGUCAGGGUGCGGAAAGAGCACCAUCCUCCGCCUACUCUUCCGUUUCUAUGACGUCCAGGGAGGAUGCAUCCGGAUUGAUGGCCAGGACAUCUCCAAGGUAAAACAGGUGUCUCUGCGUGCCCACAUUGGCGUGGUGCCCCAGGAUACGGUCCUCUUCAACAACAACAUACGUGACAACAUCCGCUAUGGACGCGUCACCGCCAGCGACCAGGAGGUGGAGGAGGCAGCCAUCGCCGCAGACAUUCAUGAGAAGAUCCAGGCAUUCCCACAAGGAUACGACAGCCAGGUGGGGGAGAGGGGUCUGAAGCUAAGCGGGGGGGAGAAGCAGAGGGUGGCGAUCGCCCGGACCAUCCUCAAAGACCCUCAGAUCAUCCUGCUUGAUGAGGCCACGUCUGCUCUAGACACCCAGACGGAGCGCAACAUUCAGGCGUCACUCGCCAAAGUAUGUUCCAAUCGGACCACCAUUGUCGUGGCUCACAGGUUGUCCACCAUCAUCAGCGCUGACCAGAUUCUUGUACUCAGCGAUGGUCAGAUAGCAGAGCGAGGAAGACAUGAGGAGCUGCUGGCUAAGGGCGGUCUGUACUUUAGCAUGUGGAUGAGGCAGCAGCAAGCACAGGACUCUGACUCAGCCUCCGAUACAGAGUCCAAAGACAAGGACAUUUGAAAAACUACAGCCCCCAUCAGUCACUGCAGGCCAAAUGAGUCACUGAGCACAGAGCGACAGGGUAAGGACAUGUAGACCUUGUAAGUAGACAGACGGAUACCUCACAAGACAUUUUUAACUUUACACUUCAAGGUCCUUAGUUGUUUGUUUUAUUGUAGUUGAAUGUUUAAGCACAUAUUUAUUUCAUUCUUAUGUUUGAUCAUGGAAAUGUUUAUGCAUUGGAUGCCUCAGGGUAAAAGUGUAUUAUGAGCAGUGUUCAUGAGGAGACGAUAAACUCUGGAUGAGAAUUGUGAAGUACUACAGGGCGGCAAAAAACAUAAAUACAAUAACAUAGCACUGCUCAAUCAGCCAUGCAAAACAGUCUUGAAUAAUGGUAGUUAACAUGAGAAAAGUGCACCUUUGUAUAAAAGUACAUGCUGACCUAUUCCCCAGCAGGAUAGUCUCCUAUACUUUCAUAGCAGUAGGUACCUGUACUUUAAUAAAUGUACCCAAGCACUGUUACACAACUAUUCACUGCACUAACUGCCUUAGGUACUUCACAUCCAUCAGCCACAUAAAUCAGUUUUGAGUGGCAACUAAUCUGUCAAAUAAGCUGACACAUCUACUUUCCCCUUUCGACACAGCCACUCUACCGCACGGCGGUAACCAUAUUAGGCUUACCCUGUACCUGCAAUACUUUGAAUUGUGGCUUGAUGUGUAGGGGUUGAGAAAUGUACACCUUCUAGGGACCUCCCAGGUAAUGCACUGGUCUAAGGUGUUGUAUUGAAGCACCAACCUGACCACCACAGUCUCGGUUUUGACUGGGGCAGCUGGCAUAUUUUCACUUGAAGCCGUGUUAAAUACUGUAGGAAAAUACUAGCAGAUUUGAAAUCAAUGAGUUAUAUGUGCUAUAAUGGAUGUUUUUAUUUUUUAUUUUUAUUUUAUUUUUUUACAUAUGUGUUAAUGUUAUGAAAUUUGAAGUGCAAAUUACAAAAUGUUACUAUACUAAAAGAUUGUGUCCCCUUUGGAUGUAACAAACUUUUAAAACCUUUUACCUCAAGUCUGCACAAGUCUGCAUUUCCGGUUGUGCUGGAACAUUCCUCCAACAGGAGGAUCAUUUUUGCUAACCCUUUUCAUAGAGUACCUAAUAUAGUUUAACAGCCACCACCACCUCUGCUGCCUUUUGUAAACUUUGUUAUUAUGUUUAUCAUUUGUAUUCUGGCACUGACUUUUGCCGAUAACUAAUUCAUUUAUUAGAAUUCACUCGGUUGUUUCACCUAGUUCUUUGUAUUUGCUCUGGAUAAAAGUGUCUGCUAAAUGACUAAAAUGUCUUACCCAUAAUCUUGGAACACAUUAAAGGGGGCCCUGUAGCUAGAUCAUGUUCUUAUCACAGGAUGGCAAAUUAAUAUAAAUUGCUUUUCUUUUCUAUCUUUUUUUAACCUCUCUCCUUUCAUUGUGUAUCAUUUCCCCAUUUGUACAUCUUAAUAAU